UCAACUACAAAUUUUGAAAUAAAAAAACGCGGUACCGGCAAAAUUGUUUGAAAAGAAAUAAACAAUUUUAUUUGUUUUUGUUUAAAUUUAUUUAUUGUUUAAAAAAUAUAUAUAUUGUUAUAAUGUCUUUAUGGGUAGAUAAACACCGUCCCCGAGAGCUAUCCAAAUUGGAUUAUCACAAAGAUCAAGCUGAACAUUUACGAAAUCUCAGCCAACAAGGCGACUUUCCACAUCUCAUGUUCUAUGGCCCAUCGGGAGCUGGCAAAAAAACACGCAUAAUGUGCCUAUUGCGUGAACUCUAUGGAAAUGGCGUCGAACGGCUCCGCAAUGAAACUAUGACCUUUACAACUCCAUCAAAUCGUAAAGUCGAAGUAAUGACAGUCAGUAGCAACUAUCAUUUGGAGGUAAAUCCUUCAGAUGCUGGCAUUUAUGAUCGUGUGGUGGUAAUAGAUUUGAUUAAACAAGUUGCUCAAACUCAUCAAAUCGAUCCACAUGGGCAAAGGGAAUUCAAGGUAAUUGUUCUUUCAGAAGUUGACGAAUUAACCAAAGAUGCUCAACACGCUUUGCGUCGUACUAUGGAAAAAUACGUAGCAACUUGUCGAAUUAUUCUAUCGGUUAAUUCUACUUCCCGAGUGAUUCCUGCAAUUCGUAGUCGUUGUUUGGGAAUUCGAGUCUCGGCUCCUUCACUAGAUUCCAUUGUUGGAAUCUUACAGAGUACUUGUAAGAAAGAAGGACUCAAUCUUCCAACAGAAUUAGCUCAGCGUAUAGCUGAGAAAUCUGAGAGAAAUCUCAGACGAGCGAUUCUGAUGUUGGAAGCAGCAAAAGUCCAACAGUAUCCAUUUUCGGCAAAUCAGGAAAUUGUCGAUUUGGAUUGGCAAGUUUUUCUCAAAGAAACAGCCAAUCAAAUUAUUCUUGAACAAACUCCAGCUAAAUUGGAAAAGAUUCGUGAUCGAUUGUAUGAGUUAUUGGCUCAAGGAGUACCACCGGAUAUGAUUUUCAAAGGAUUGGUUGAGAAUUUGGUUAAGAAUUGUGAUAUGUCACUUAAAGCCAAGACAUUGGAAUUUGCAACUCUGUAUGAACAUCGUAUGCAAAAUGGUUCGAAACAUAUUUUCCAUUUGGAAGCGUUUGUGGCGCAUUUUAUGAAUAUUUAUAAACGAUUUAUUUCGGAAUCUUUGAUGAUGGAUGAAUUUUAAGAGAGAAGAAUUCAAUAAAAAAACAUUAAAUAAUUGUAAAAAUUAA